GCCAAAUGUGGAGAUUAUUAGUGCCAAAUGUAGAGAUUAUUAGUGCCAAAUGUGGAGAUUAUUAGUGCCAAAUGUGGAGAUUAUUAGUGCCAAAUGUAGAGAGUUAUUAGUGCCGAAUGUAGAGGGUUAUUAGUGCCAAAUGUGGAGGGUUAUUAGUGCCAAAUGUAGAGAUUAUUAGUGCCAAAUGUGGAGAUUAUUAGUGCCAAAUGUGGAGGGUUAUUAGUGCCAAAUGUAGAGGGUUAUUAGUGCCAAAUGUGGAGGGUUAUUAGUGCCAAAUGUGGAGGGUUAUUAGUGCCAAAUGUAGAGGGUUAUUAGUGCCGAAUGUAGAGAGUUAUUAGUGCCAAAUGUAGAGGGUUAUUAGUGCCAAAUGUAGAGAGUUAUUAGUGCCAAAUGUGGAGGGUUAUUAGUGCCAAAUGUAGAGAGUUAUUAGUCCAGAAUGUAGAGGGUUAUUAGUGCCAAAUGUGGAGGGUUAUUAGUGCCAAAUGUGGAGGGUUAUUAGUGCCAAAUGUAGAGGGUUAUUAGUGCCAAAUGUAGAGGGUUAUUAGUGCCAAAUGUAGAGGGUUAUUAGUGCCAAAUGUAGAGGGUUAUUUGUGUCAUGUGGAGGGUUAUUAGUGCCAAAUGUAGAGGGUUAUUUGUGUCAUGUGGAGGGUUAUUAGUGCCGGGCGUGCAGUGAGAAUACUGUUAGCAUUUAGCAGUACUGUAGCCUCAUGGAGCUGCUAGCAUGACUACUCUAUGGAGGCAUUUAUUCAUCCAUCCAUCCAUCCAUCAUCCAUCCAUCCAUCCAUCCAUUUUCAAUACCACUUAUCCUCAUUAGGGUCGCGGGGCGCUGGAGCCUAUCCCAGCUGACAUAGGGCGAAGGCAGGGGACACCCUGGACAGGCCGCCAGUCCAUCGAGGGCAGCAUUUAUUCAUUAAAAUGUUAAAUUAAUUCUUCACAAUAAACUUGCACAGUACAUUUGUUCUUGUGGCAUGAUCAAUGUUUGUUUAUUGAAUAUUGAUCAGAGAGGUCUGAUGACUUUAUUAUUUCAGUCGUUCACAAGAACAACAUUUGGGUUGCAGGUUGUUAUUUGUCUUUAAUAUUUCUAUUUAUUAUAACAUAUCAAUAAAUUAGAACUCAUUUAUUUAUUUAAGUAAUUAUUCAUGCUCAUACUUAAAUACAAUUUUCUCAGUCAGUAUUUAGUAUAGUUUACUUAAAAUGAACGAUAAUAAUAAUAAAAAUAAUGAUGAUGGUGAUGAUGAUGAUGAUGAUGAUGAUGAUGAUGGUUCUCCCUACAGUCGCCGCUCUGCUGCACUGCUUCCUGUUGGCAGAUUUAAUCCAAUCAGCUCCCACCAUCUCGCCGGCCAACUGGCCGGCCGACUCGUCAGCGGCACUCAGAGCGGCGGCCGAGCGAGUGAAGACACUGGUGGAGAAAAUCCUGAGGGACGUGCCCGCCGCGCACGCCGCUACCGUCACCAUCGAGGGUUUGACCCUUGACUCCGCACACACAACAAACCUGCAGAUGAUGGUGACAUCACUGGGCAUCCCCGCCGCCCCCGUCCUCAAGCCGCCGUCCGAGCGCUUCACGCUGGACGUCUGUAUGAGCCGAAUGUCUGCCGGCAGCCGGCUGUACCAAAGGCUGCUGGGAGAUUUAUCUGACCGGCUGAGCGGACUGAGCGACCUGCAGGCCGACCUGAGAGACCUGCAGACGCACAUCAGAAAGAUGGAGGAGGCGGCUCAUCUCGAUGUCGCGGAUCAGAACCAGAGCCUGGACCUGGCCUCCCGUCUCCACAGUAACUAUGAGCUGCAGGUGGCGGCCCACCUGACGCUGACGCAGCUCCGCUCCUUUAGUCAUGAUCUCAUCCGCAGCCUGAGAGCCGUCGCCACCUACAGACCCCAGCCUGCAGGUGCACGCUAAGCCCCGCCCACCAGGAGCACACGGGAUCAAGGUGGGGAAACGAAACAAAGCCGGCAUCCUAAGGUCAUGACCUUUAUGACCGACCGUCUGCGUCUUCCUGCAGUGCAUCAUGGGAGAUAUUUUAUGAAGGUGUUCAUAAAAGAAGGAUUUCAUACCUUUUUUAGUUCAUCAAACUUCAGCCCUCCAUCUGAGAACCACAUCGAGAUAAGGGAAGGAAGGAUGGAGGGAAUAAAAGCUCAGUUCCUGAUCUCUGGUCAGUAAAGAAGCUCCCGGAGAAAGAAGAUUGACCUCCAAGUGAGACGUCCCUCUGCAGAGACUAUCUUUGAGACUUUACUUUAUGCACUUUUUUCCCAACUGAGGACAUUUUAUUCAAUUGGAUUUAUUUUAUAUAGCCCAAAAUUACAAAUUACAAACUUCCUUCAGAGGGCUUUACAAUCUGUACACAUACGACAUCCCUGACCUUUGACCUCACAUC